UGACUCGUGUGGUAGGGGGUAGACCGUCAGCGGAGUGAGGGGAGAAAUAAUUAAUGUGCGACCGUACCUCUCCCCUCGCGGUACAGGACACCCCUCUCCCCCUUCCACAGUCUUGUACCGCUACGCUUAGCUGCCAUUGUGCCGAGACGCCACUUCCGAAGCAUCAAAUUCAAUUCUUCGAUUUUGUAUCACCACUUCCUUGCGAAAAAUUUGUGAAAGAAAGAAAGCAAAAAGCACGCGACAUAUAGUGCUGCCGGCAGCUUUGCAAAGCGCGCCAAUAUCUUCCUCGUGUACCAUCUCGAAGAAAAUAUAUUCUUCCUUGAACAUCUUUGAAUUCCACGGAGGUUAGGUUAGGACAUUGCUUCCGUGGAUAUCGGCCGAUCGCUUUGCAAGCGAACACGAUCUUUUAUCGCGCGUUUUAGUCCGCGAGUUGAUCGCGUUACCGGUGGUGCUACUGUGUUGUGAUUGCGUCUUUCGCAAGUUGAGACGAUUGCUGCUCGAAAUAAAGAGGGAAGAUGUUUCGGUGCAUAUGAACGAAAUGUUCGAACGGAAAUUUUGAAUUGCUGUAUUUGAAAGAAUGGAAGCCAUGGAUUUGGACGGGGAUGCGGUAGUGGAUUUGAGUGUUAGCAGCAGUAGCAGGAGAAAUUCUCCCUCGAUCACUGUUAAUUCUGCAGAUGUAGGAGUUCCAUUAGAUUUAGGUAUUCAUUUCUCUUCGAAUCCUAAUGUGGACAACAAUAUGCCAGAAGCACGAAACAUUCAAAAUGCAGCAAGAGGCAUUUUAGCUCCUAAAUCUGGAGAUGAUAGAAAAACACGUCGCAAUCUUAGACCUAGAAUUGAAAUAAGUUAUGCAGAAACUCCAGAUGAACGUAGAAUAAAUGGUUAUGUUAAUGGAAAUGCAGAUAGUGAUGAAGGUGAUAUGCCUCCUUUGCCUCCAAUAAAAGAAUUAUCAUCAGAUGAGUUAGCUGAACGAGAGAGGACACUUAGAAAAUUAAGGGAGGAACUUAGAUCUGAGGAAAUGAAAUUGGUAUUAUUGAAAAAAUUAAGACAAUCUCAACAAUUAAAAGAAAAUAUUGCUGCUGUACCCAAAGUACCCAGUAAAUUACCACCACCAGUUACAGUACAACCAACUCCUCAUAGUCAUAGAACAGGUAAAGCACCACCACCAUUGCUUAGAGGACAACCUGCACCAAGCAGGAGCAGUAGUUUACAUGCACCACCACCUGGAAUGUUACUACCACCCACAGUUGGUAGAAGUUCUACUUCUAGUACCGGAAUGCCACCUAAUAUGGUCAUACCACAACCACCUCAUCCUAGGGGCAGGCCUCCUAGUGCAACAUCAAAUGUAUCAAAUUAUCAUGCACCUGCAGAUCGAACUGAAAGAUCCACAAAAGAUCCAACACCUACACCAGCACAUCAAGUAAGUAAGCUGCUUGUUGGAUCUCAAGAAAAUAAAACCACCGCAUCCUUAAGCACACCUGUGAUUUCAGAACAGGAAAGACCGAGGGAUGAUAAUCAAACACCUGCACAACGUCAAGCAGCUGCUAAAUUGGCUUUAAGAAAACAACUUGAAAAGACUUUGUUACAAAUACCACCUCCAAAACCUCCACCACCGGAGAUGCACUUUGUGCCAAAUCCGUCUAAUACGGAAUUUAUAUAUUUGGUGGGUUUGGAACAUGUAGUUGAUUUCAUCACUAAAGAACCUGCUAUUCCACCACCUCCAGAACCUUUCGAAUGUACUCAAUGUAAAACGGAUUUCACACCCGUAUGGAAAUGGGAAAAGCCUAUAACUGGUGGCAAGAAAGAAGGUCCACGAGUGCAGCAUGCAACUUUUCAAAGACCACCAGCAGGUCGCGAUCCUAGAGUUAUAUGUGAACAUUGUGUAACGACUAAUGUUAAAAAAGCUCUCAAAGCAGAGCAUACUAAUCGAUUAAAGACAGCAUUUGUAAAAGCAUUGCAACAAGAACAAGAAAUAGAACAAAGGUUGGCACAAGCAGCAUGCCCAAGUCCGGAUCCACCAGCUCCUAAACCAGUUCCUAAAGCAGCUACUCCUACAAGAAGAGUAGCAACGCCACCAGCCCCCCCACCUCAAGUUCCACCAGCACCAACGCUAGCACCAACUCCACCAGCACCUAAGCUACAAGAACAUCCCUUGGUUAAAUUAGCAGAAAGUGGAAAAUUCAGUCCACACCAUGCUGCUGCAGCUGCUUUGCAACAACAGUUGCUUAGGGAACUGGCAAAAAAUCCUGUACCAGGUCUGCCACCUCAUCAACCUCUUCCUGCUCAUAUGAUGCCACCAUUUACCUCGAUAUUAUAUCCUUAUCAAUUAGCAAUGGCGCAAGCUGGUGGAAAAGGUCUCGCAGAAUUGCAACGACAAGCAGCAGAUUUGCAACGUCAAUAUCUGCUUGAUAUGAUUCCAUCACAAGCAUCUCAAGCACAGGGUAAUCAGGCUCCACCUCGAGCCCAUCCACACAAUUGGAAAACGUAACCGAACGCAUUUAAACAUCGACCAUUAAACGCAAAUAAAUGAAACUGUAGAGCUGUGUUAAGAAUAUUGAGAAACAAAGAUACUCAUAUUCUUUUUCCACAAUAUCGUACUAAAUGGAAAUCUUCAAUGGAAUGUUGCAUCUUUGUGACAUUUCUAGGAUAAUAUACUAAUCGAUGCAUGAUUGGCAUCUGUAUUUACAAAGUGAGCUCAAACUUGGAAGAAUAGACAAGAUAUUUCCUGUAUUAUGUGAAAAUGGGAUAUUUUAACCAUCAUUUUGUGAAUAUGCAUUGAUGUGUGAGUGUGACUUUUGAUUGUUACCUGAAAGGUUUGAUGAUUUACUUUUUACAAGACGUUUUAUCGUCUUGAAGAACUUUAACUUUCGGUUAUAUAAUAUACGAAUAAUUAUCUUAGUGGUUUCAAAAAGAGAAAAUGAAAAACUGUUCAUAAUUUAAGCUUAGCAAACAAUUUUCAAAUUGAUUUCUUUAAGAGCAAUAUCUGCUUUUUUCACAUUAUCUUAUGUUGAAAUUAAUAAUAUUGCAAGCGAAUAAUAGGUGAAUGUCAAUCAACUAAUUGGAUUAAGUGCAUAAUAACUCGGACGCACAUAAAUGAAUAUAAUUGCUUCAAUUAUUACAUUAUAUAUAUUAUAUCUACAGAACCAAGUGGACAUUUAUAAGGCACUAAGUAAUAAGUGUUACGUGAUUAUAAAAAAAUUGGUUGAUUUACAAUAGUAAUAAGUGGAGAGAGAAAGAAUGCGAAAAAAAGAGAAUGUGAGAGAGAAAGUAAACACUAUGUGACGUAAAACAACAAAGUUGAAAAAAUGGGAUCUUCUUAGGCCCUUGAUAUAUUACAGUUAUCGAUCUUUGUCGCUAGUUUGAAUAAUUUUUGUAAUCAUCGGCGGUACCUGUACUCUAUGUAUAUCUCUUUAUUUUCUUCAAACAAUGAAAUAUUUUUAAGGCGGUUAUAAUAAUUGAAAAAGAGAAAGAGUAAGAACAAGAAAGUUGUAGACUCAAUAAGAAAAAAAAGGGAAAAAAUGAUCUUUAUAUGAAAAUGUGUGUCGCUGAUAUAGUCAGCAAGAUAUGAAUGUGAGUGUGAGAGUAACGAUUCUUUUUCUUUUUUUUUUUUUUUUGUCAUUGCAAGAGAACAAAGAAUAAGUAUUCAGUAUGUUUUUAAAAUAAUGACAUAAAUAUCAUUCGCGCAUAAUUUGUAAAAAUUUUGUGAUAAGAUUUUCUUGUUGAAGAAUAUGUUUAAAAAAAAAUGAAACAAAAAACGAAACAGAAUAUAUUAUAUAUAUAUAUAUAUAUAUAAUGUAUAUAUAUAUAUAUAUAUAUAUAUAUAUAUAUUAUAUAUAUAUAUAUUAUAUAUAUAAAACAAAAAUGAAAGAUAAAAAGAAAAUCUGUCGAUCAUCAAAGAUGUAAGUUACUUAUGAUUGCGCGACUGAUUUAAUGUGUCACAUCGAUGUAAAAGUAUUUAAUGAAUUUAACACAAAUCGUAUUUACCCAAAGUUUUUCUCAAAGGAUAAAACAAAGACGAAAUGGCAGAACGCCGAGUUUUUAUGAAAUCCUUUCUUCUGAAAAAAAAACAAAAUGAAAAAAAAACUUAUCUACACUUUACAAAAAAAAAAAAGAAAAAAAAAGAAAAAAAAGAAAGAAAGAAAGAGUGAAAACAAAAUCUCUCCGACACACAUCCCAAGCAAUACUUAUUACCACUCCUACUCUAAAUAAUCUGAUUUUUCAUUGAUUACUGGCUAACCAACCGAUCUUGGUCACAAUUUCCGAAUCACUAAAUAUAUAGUUAACUGUAGUCUUGAUAUUUCUCGGUAUAUACAAGUUAAUAAACUAAAAAUAGCAUAAUCAAUCUCUCUUUGUACUUCGUGAUAGAUUUUGAACUCAUACUUGAUAUACAUGUACACCGUAAUAAGUCGAUCGCAUAAUAGAUCAAGAUCUGUGUUUUAUGUAAAGGAAUCGAAGUAAUAUCAUCGUUGUCAAUUGUCAUUUUGCCAGGACGCUACCGCUAUUAUUCUUCUGAUCGUAAAAAAAAAAACAAAAAAAGAAAAAAAAAGAAAAAAAAGAAAGAAAAGGUAAAAAUGAAAGAAGCGGAUUUAUUCAUAUUUUAUCGUCAUUAUCAUAUCGUGAAGCGAGAGAGUGCAUGGUCAUUUAACGCACAAUAAUUAUACAUGAUAAAUAUAUCUUAAUUUAAUAUUAUUAAUCAAUUAUCAUAUAUGCAUAUACUCAACUUUUUAAUUUCAGGAAUUUCAUUUUUUAAGAAAUUCCAGAAAAAAGAUAAAAAAAAUACAUUUAAUAUUUAAUUGGAAUCGUAUUAGACUUAAAACAUUUUGGGUUAAGUUAUUUAAUUUUAAUAAUCAAAGGAUAAAACAAAGACAAAUUCUAAAUUAUUCAUAUUAAAAAAUUUUAAUUUUGCAUAUUAAUGAUAAUUAUUCUGAUAAACAUAAUAAUUAUCUCGCAAAACAAAAAAUCUAAAUUAAAAAUUAAUAAUACAGUAAAAUUAAAUAACCGAACUCAAAUCCAAUAAAAAUUAUUGCAAUCAUUUAUAUCUUAAUUAUAUAUUAUAUAUAUACUAUAUUACAUAUAUAUAUAUAUAUAUAUAUAAUAUGUAAUAUGUUAUGAUUAUAUAUAUAUUGAGGAUCAAUUAUUUCUAUAUUAUUAUAUUAUAUAUGUAUUAAGCAUUUGCGUUUUUUCACCAGCCUCCCUUGCUUCGCGAUCAAUUACUAUAUUAAUUAAGAAUAAAACAAACGAAAGAAAAGUGAAGAUGCGCGCGCAGCAUCAUCACUCUUAUGACUGCCGAAAUCGUGCAAGGUGUUUAAUGUUUAUUGACGAUUCGUCGAAACGUAGAUAAUUUGAUUACGUUCCUCUAAAUACGAAUUCAAAUACGAAUGCAAGAAUGGGAAAAAGUUUUAAAAAAAAAGUCACAUUACAUUGUUUUUUCACAGCAAUGCGAAACGAAAAUUCGAAAAAGAAAAAAAGAGUAACUACGUUUCUUCCUAUCUUCUUUUCUAGUCUUGUCUUUCACCUCUGUGUGGUGCUGAUUUAAGAACUGAGAGCAUUCUCAAGUGCAAAACUAUAAUUUUAUAUACUAAACACGAGAGAAAAACGAGAAAGAAAUAGAAACAAAAAUUUUUUUUUGCUACAAAAAGAAUAUUAAAAUGAAAGAAAGGAAAAAUACUUAUGCUAGAAGUUUCACGUAUGGCGGUAGUGUGAAACAAAUGGAACAAGAAACAGCAAAGAAAAUGAAACGAAUCGAAAAUUCGAUUUAAUAUAUAUAGGUAAAGCAAUAUAGAACUUCGAAUUUCGCGGAAUAGCAUUCUAUAUAAGAUAUUUGGAGAAAAAAUAAAUAAAAUGUUGUGUAAAGAAACGAGGUCCGAUAUUUCGUGGGGAUGCAGUAAACGAUUUAAAAAAAUUGCGAAAAUGAAAAGAAAAAAAUGUAUAAAAUAAUUCUUUAAACGUGAAAAUUUUACGUCCAAAAACGAAAAAGAAGAAAUGAAAUCAAAUUCGUAUUAUUCUGUAUUAUUUAAGUCUGGCUACCUGAUCAAAGUCUCUGCCCCCACAAUUUAUAGGAUUUAGUAGUUUUAAAAAAGUACGGAUUACUAAAUACUCUGAAGACUACACAAAUAAAGCUUAUCAAUGAUUGUAUUUUGAGUGAUGAUUUAUUAUUUGUACUCUCGAAUUGUCAGCUUUUAAUGUUAUAUGUAAAAACAAAAAAAAAAAAGAAAUGAAUGAAAAAAUAUCCGUCGAAGAGAAAAAUUUUCUCGAAGCAGCGUUGUAUUACUUUUCGUACGUUUCGAUUGGCAAGGUAUUUUGUAAAUGUGCGACUUGUCAAACCGUCUGUUACUUUUUGUCUAUCGCUUGGACAGUAACUGCAUAACUCAAAUGUUCUCAAUAAUCGUUAAGAUACAAAAAGCGGCGGAUUAAUGGCCUGCGAUCGUUUAGUCUUUAGAAGGUACAUUAACUUUUUACUAUGUUUGUACAUUGACCUAUGAACGCUCAAGAAUUUCGUCAUUAUAAAUUCUAAUACUUCUUUUGUUCUUAUUCUUUUCUUUUUUAUUGAUUUUUUUUUCUGUACAUAGUAAAAACGUUAUCUUAUUGUCUAAUCUGUUAUUACGGACAUAUCGAAUAUGUCUUCCCUUCUGUUGCUUCUCUAUCGAUGAAUUCAUCGUUGUUUCCUCUUCCUCUUCGAUAUUUCGCGAAAGAAAAAAAAAAGGAAUACACGAGUUUUACAUGAGUUCAGGUACGAUUUAUCACGGCAUCUCACGUUUCGCGUUACCCUAUCUGGUGCGUAAUGUAACGUAGCACAAAAAAAAAUUGAAACGGGGACCAGUUUAACGGGUCGAAAGAUAAGCGCUAUAUUUAGAAACUCGGCGUAAAACUUUCAACUUAUGCAAGAUACGAUUGUCGAUUAACUUAACCUACGCGAAUUUCAUUCGUGUUAUCAUUUUGUACGGAUUUAAUUUAUAGUUAUGUAAAAAUAUUAUAAAAUUUGGUCAUGGUUACAGUUGUUAACCGUGUUUUUAAAAUGUAUCUUCAUUUUGUUGAAAUUCUUUCUCUUAUUUCAAAAUCAAUGUUUAGAAACUGUUAUAACCUAUUAGUCCUAUUUUCUUAUAUUUCAUUCGAUUAUUUGUCCUUGUGAUGAAAAUUAAUCGUAUCGUAAAGAACAGAUGUUAAUUUUGUUUUUUCAAUUCGACAAGACAUUUUUUAAAGUGUUUUGAGCAAAACGGGUAUAGUGUUGGAUGGUCGCAGGUACGACAUGCCGCUGCAAGAUGCGAACAACAUCGCAAGCUUUCACGACAACAGGAUGCCCAUAACUCAGGACCAGCUGCAGCACAAUUGUAGCAAUAACAAUCACCUGGAAAAAGACAAGAAGAAAUAUUGAUAAUCAAAAAUGAAAUUCGCAAACCAUUUAUUUUUAAUCAAUAUUCUAUUCGAUUCAAUUAUACAAAACAACAAUGAAUCAUUGUAAAAAUUGAAAAAAAUGUAAAAAAUUAUAUGAAUCAGUAACAAUGUUAACAAAUUGAUACUUUUUUCAGGUUUUAGUUCUAUUUCUUUAAAUUUUUGUUUUAAAUGAAAAACUUGCAUUUAAAUAAUUUGAUAGAAUUUAAUUCUACAUCUUUGAUCCUGAUUUUUUAAUUUAUUAUUAUAUUAUUAUAUUAUUAAUUUAUUAAAAGUCUCUUACUUUUAUAUUUAUAAUAUUAGAUACAUAAUAUUUUAAAAGAUAUUUUAAAAAAAAUGUCUUUCAAUAAUAAUUGAUUAAUUUUAUUACUAUUUUAUUUUAAAUUAUAAAUAUAAAUAUAUUUUUAGAAGU